CCAAGACCACAAGGCCUGGCUUCGCCAGCUCGGCCUCGUACUCAGCAAGAGAGUGGAUUUCUGCAAUCAUGAUGGCUGCUGUGGUGGUUGAUCGUGAUAUCUAGAUCGAUGACAGGGGUUCGCCCGGUCGGACUGGUUUUAUAUGUGGAGACCCUUCGACCGUUGCACCACCAUCGCCAAUGGCAAGUUGCCCUAGUCUGACCCUAUCCAAGAUCUUCUCGCAUAUCCUGGUCAAUCUGCUUGGUCUUAAUCCCAGCAACAGGUCCCAGGACCCACUAAGAAGCGCUAGAAUCCCAACCGAAGCAGUGGUGGACCCAUCUCGGCGAAGUCGGGAAGUUAGCCUAACCAUCAACUUGUACAUCUCUGCCGUUCCUGCCGUCGGGUUGCCAGAUGUAUACGUACUACACGGUCGGGGAUGUUCUGCGAAAAGGAAGGACACCGGGUGUCAAAUCACAUUGUGACAUGUAUUAGGCGAGUUCUAUUAUUACUACAUAGAAUGGAAUUUUUUUUUUUUUCUUGGAACACGGAGACAGCGCC